ACUCUUGAUACUUCAUUCGAAGACAGAACGCAGUCGCGUGCGCACGUUCCAAUUUUCAAAUACCGCGCUAUUUUUAAAACCGUUACAAAAACAAAGUGUGUUGUUUUUUUGCUAAUUCUUACACGGAGUGUUUUAUUUGUGAAAAUGAGCGGAAAUUUCCUCACGAUACCCGGAGAUGAUCCAGUUCAAAGGCGAUCUAGGAGUUCAUCGCUCACAGACUUAAUUUCGGCAUUCGACACAAAGGCCCAGGCUCACAGUGAUCUACAAAAAGUUACAGCAUUCAGCGGUUCCUUUGACAAAAGCCACAAACCUACAUUCUCAAAAGACGAGUAUGGCAAACCCAUUCCCGGUUCCAUGACGGAGUUCAGAGGGGCUGAAGCACAAGCGAGAGUCUGCACAGAGAUGAAGGAACUGUGUGAGAUUAUCAAUGAAUACGGGAAGACUCCUUGCAAGAGCCUCCUACCUCCAGAACUGAAGGACGCCACCAAGGUCAUCUCCUUCGGCGAGCUAUUUACGAUAUACACAGUGAUAUCAGACAAGCUCGUCGGUAUCCUUUUGAGGACCAGAAAACAUCAGCUCACUUACUUCGAGGGAGAAGUGCUGUUUCAGAAACGUGAUGACGACGUCCCAGUGUUCCUAAUGCAGACGAUGCAAGACAUCAGAGCGUACUGCGACAACAAGGCCAUGCAAGCAAGGAGAUCCGUAUCACCUAUGCCUCAAUAAUUUAAUUAACACUAUAAUUUAAACAAUAUUUUUGUAAUAAGUAUGUAAAAUUAUUAUUAAAUACAAUCAAUGCAAUAUACAGUAUAUUAACCAACAGAGGGCGUUCCUGUUAACCCGCAAUAGUAUAGCAUCCAUACAU